ACUGUUUCAUAGACAGAUAAAACGGGAAACUGGGCUGUAGGUUAGCGUAGAUGUUUACGUGAAUACAACUGAUAUAAUGACGAGGAAGAGGGUCGUCAGACAUGAUGCUUCAUCUGCCAGGAAAGUUCAGGGGCCUGCAAAAGUCCAGAAGGAGGCGAAAUCGUCCCGAUGGUGGCUGAAAAGAGGAGUAUUGGCCAUCUUUGUCAUCUUCUUUUUGGGUCCUUACCUGCGGAGAAAACUCCCAGAAUUAAUCCAGCACCUUGUUUACUCUCACAGAAUCAGGGUGCCUUUCUUUGUUGACCUCAGUAGACCCGCUGAUCUCUCCCUUAAUCACACCAUCAACAUGUACUUAACAUCAGAGGAAGGAAUCUCUCUUGGGGUAUGGCACACUGUUCCAGACAGACAGUGGAAAGAGGCUCAGGGGAAGGACUUGGCAUGGUACCAGAACACUUUAAGGGAUGAAAGUCCAGUUUUCAUAUAUCUUCAUGGCAACACAGGCACAAGGGCAGAAACUCAUCGGGUAGGAGUGGCAAAAGUAUUGAGUGCACUGGGUUACCACGUGCUGGUGCCUGACUACAGAGGGUUUGGAGAUUCCACCGGGGAGCCGACUGAAGCCGGUCUGACGACUGAUGCCCUCUACUUAUACAAGUGGGUCAAAGCACGCAGCGGAAACAGCCUGGUCAUCAUCUGGGGACACUCUCUUGGCACUGGAGUGGGCACAAACACUGCAGUAAAACUGAGUGAGCAAGGUGAGGAUGUUGAUGGUGUGAUGCUGGAGGGUGCAUUCAAUAGUGCUCGACAGGAGAUGCCAGGCAAUAUUUUUAACUGGUAUUACUGGAAGUUCCCCGGCGUUGGGUACUUUUUCCCAGAGCCAUGGGCAGACAACAAGGUUGUCUUUCCCACUGAAGAAAAUUUGAAGAAAAUGAGAAAUCCAAUCCUUUUUCUUCAUUCAGAGGACGAUCACUUUGAGAUUGCUCAGCAGAUGUAUGAGGUAGCAGUGAGUGCCCAAAAUGCAGAGCGAGUCAAGCUGGAGUCAUUUGAUGGUUCUCUGGGGUAUCUGCACAACGGCUUGUAUCGUGACCCAAAUCUGCCUGACAUCGUAAAGAAGUUUGUGCUGUCCUUAUAAUGUUGGAAAGACGACUGAAGUAGAAAAUCCAUGCCAAACAUAAUUUGUUUAUUUUUGAUCACACACUACAUUCAAAUCCUUUGCUUUGUCUUUACGACUGUAUAUAUGUUGCAUAACUGUGUGAUUUACUUUAGAUAUGCGAUUUUUAUGAAUCAAAAAUCUUUUUGUCUAGCCAUGUUAUUUUUGGAGCACAUUGGUAGAAUGGUUACAAUGCAUUGGUUACAAAGACAUUGUCAAUGUCAAUGUCUUUACGCUGUCAUCUGGUGAAAAUAAUUGAUAAACUUCAUAAUUUAAGAAUCAAUGCAAAAGUGAAUCAGGCAAACUGAUUAUAAAAUGAUUAUUGUAGGUAAUUUAUUCUUAAUUAUCAGAUAAAGAAAUAGCAAUUCCCUUUAGAGAUGGGAUUUGGAUGAACCAUUGUUGCAGUAGGUGCCCUCUACUGGGCAUUGUAGUGCAGUGAUAAUGCUCAUCUAUAAUACUGACAAAUGAGUUUGGUAAUCCAGGGUUUAAGAUGUCUCUGUGUCACUGACAUUUCAGAACAAUACAAGGAGAACAGCUGGGAGUGUCUGUGGCUUUAGAAAAAAACAUCUUAACCACAGAGUAUACAGCACUGCACUUUGCAUUCAGAUAUGUGUAGGAAUGUCAGUUGAAAUGUCAUUGCUGUUUAAUUACAAUAAAUUUGGUGACUGCCAGUGUCAACAAGUAGUG